ACAUAAUAUGAUGGCGAUAUAGUUUAGUUGUUAUCCUUAAAACAACAAGAAAAUAUCGUGAGCAUACUCGUACGUAUAGCUAAAACGGACUGUAUACAACUGCUUUCCUAAAACCUGCAUGAACAAAAGGAAUUCCAAUGGCGCUGAUGCAAAUGUCGACCGCGGUUUCGUUAACGUUGCUUUUGUGGUUGUCGAAUGACUUACACACGAUUCCGGUCUCGGAGGCUUCUCGGAUACUAGCAAUCGAAACGAUAGCGGGAAAGAGCCACUGGAACUUCAUGAGCUCGGUGCUCAGGUCACUGGUGGACGCCGGACACACCGUGACCGUUUUUACGCCAUUUCUGGACGGCGACCGAGAAAACUACACGGAGGUGGAUACGUCUAGUGAUUUCCCGAUGAAGCUCGACCUAGACGCGAUGCACAUGGUUCAGAACUUUCGUAACCCGUUCGCAUUAGUCAAGGUUUUAUCCGGCCUGACCCGGUUCUAUUGUGAUGUGGUACAUGGUAACCGGAAGCUGAUCGACUUAUUAGCUUCCGGGAUACGCGACCGGUACGAUUUGCUAUUAGUCGAACCACCGUUAAGCUUCGAUUGCUUUUCGUACAUUGCCGACGCGCUUGGUCUGCCCGUAAUUUACUUGAUCCCGUCGCCUAUGGUUACAUUUACCGAACGGCUGUUUACAGGUCAUUUGUCCAAUCCAUCUUACGUAUCCAACAUAUUUGCUAGUCACGCCGUUCCCAAUACGUUCAUCCAGAGGUUUACCAACACAGCCUUGCUAGCGUAUAGCAUAGUCAGAACCAGGUACGACUGGCUAGCCACUCGUUUAAUGGAUGCGAAACCGUAUGAUUUAGCUCCGACCAUAAACCCGUCCAUAAUCUUCCAGAAUAGUCAUUAUGUCACCGAAUCUCCAAGACCGCUCACACCAAACGUUGUCUACAUAGGCGGUAUACACCUAAAACCCGCUAAAACCAUACCGAAAGACAUAUUAGACUUUAUCGAAGACUCGCCUCACGGAGUG